CUGAAUCGCUAGGCUACGUUCACCCGCUUCCUUUCGGCUCUCCUAAUUCUCCUUCCACCAUUAUGUCCUUCGCCAUUUGACGCCAUGCCCUAGCUGGCAAACAUCAGAUCAUCUUUUGACUGUAAUAUAUACCUCCUGGCGCUUUGGUUUAGGGUUGUCUUUCCAAGGUGGCGGCUGGUACCCACCAACCAACUGAACUACCCCGAGCUUCCUCCUUCUGGUCUUACCUGUGCGCGCUCACCCAAAUCCACAUGGGAGCCUUCCAAUCGCCGCCAUGCCAUCAGACAUCCAAGUCUUUGUGAAGUGGAAAGACCAGACAAUAUUUGCGGGGGAAGAUGUGGAAUGCACUAUUACCUUCAAGAACGUUGCGGAGACGAACGUGGAACCCCAUCCCGGGGGUCCGACCUCACACCACAGACAACCUUCGCGAGCUACAAGCACCCACUCCGAGUCAUUAUUCUCGCUGAAAUCCCCUCAGAAAUUCUUCUUCAGUCCGCAUCGUCGCUCGUACUCCACAGCAGCUAAGAAAAGCCCGUCGCACCGCCUUUCUUCCUCGGUGAGCUCGCCGUUGAUCGGCUCGCACAGCUUCCCUCCUCCGUCUACUCCUCGCAAUGGCUCGGCCGCCAGUGGCAAGCAUAAACGAUCGGUCUCUAUACUCUCCAUCGAUAGUGAAGGAACCGGAGAGCCGACACCCCGGACAUCAUCACAAUUCAGCCACCCCCGACCACUAAGGCGUCAUGGGCGCGCGGCAAGUCUACAGGUCUUGCCAAGGAGAUAUGAAGCAUAUGAGGAUCAGUCCGCAAUAGGUGGUCGCAGUCCCGUUCGCAGCUUUCCACCUACGGUGUCCUCAAUUCAUUCAUCUCCCGGGAACCCCAGAAUUGACAUCGACGGUCCGAAUGACACCAGCCGCCCUGGCUCAAAUAUCUACAGUCCCAAUCGAUCAAUCGAGCCACCUCGUACCCCUGCGCGUCGGCCUCCAUUAUCACCGAUAGAAUUCAAAUUUCCGCCGUCCCCAGCUACUGACACCAACAGCCAUAUAGGCGUUUCAACAUUAACAUCGCCAAUUGAAGAGAAUCCUACAGCACCCAGACCCAAUGGGAAGGAAAUGACGGCUUUGGCGGCACCAGGACAUUUGCCGCAGCUAACGAGAAUCAUGUCAACUUCCAGCCUGGCUGGAAGUCACAGAAGUAGUGGGGAUUACAACUCGAUCAGCGACAAUUCCUCAGAGACUCUCCAGUCCGAGUAUACAAACUAUUCCAUGACAGUGCCGCGCCCGCCUAUUGUAUCCCGCCACUCACGACAUGUGUCAAGUGUGGAAUCCCCGGGGCUUUCGCCUCACACUCAGACACUGCUUAUGGGUUACGCACAGAUCAGCGCUUCAUUUACUGUGGAUGGCUCUCUGAUUCACCAAUCUAUCUUUGAGGAAGUCAAGCGGAAAGGUGUUGUCGGAGGAGCAGGGGGCGCAGCCGGUCCGCCAAGUGGGAAACCAGGUGCGAGCGAAGAGAAGAGUCGCAAAAGCGGCGGCUUCUGGGGUGCGUUCAAAUGGAAUGCAAUUGAGGAGUCAUUGAGUGGUCUCCUCUCCAACAACGAACUGGAUGGCUUACGAGACAUGCGGGGCGUCUCAUCGUCUCGAUCGAUACCACUACUUUCCACAACGCAGUCGCUUCUCUUCGUAGACUUGCGACUGGCACCUGGGGAGGAGCAGUCGUAUUCGUUCUCUUUCACUCUUCCAAGUGGCUUGCCAGCUAGCCACAAGGGAAAAGCGAUCAAGAUAUCCUACAAUCUGGUCAUCGGCACACAACGGCCGAGUAAUCGUAACGAGCCGCAGCGGGUGAACCGCAUUAGCAUACCUUUCCGUGUGUUCAGCGGAGUCAAUGGCCAGGGAGAUAUCAUGGGCCAUGAUCUGAUGAGCCCCUAUGUGCUGCUCCGAGACGAAGCUAGGGUACAAAAGGUCGGAACGAACCCUGCCCCAGUAGUGAAGCCCAAAAGCAUUAGUGGCCCUACGUGGACGUCGGCCCCAGAAUUCCUGUCAUACGUGGAUGGCAUCCUUGAAAAAGCCUCCCGAAACAACUCGCUGCACCCACCCGAAGCUUCGGCGGAACAUCGAGCAAGUCACGAUCCGGCGACCGGUCGACUAUCCUGCAAGGAUAUCAUUGACCUCGCCAUCCUUCGGAGCAAUCAAGCGCUUCAUUCAUCUCGUAGCCCCAAUCGGUUCGAGAUCGCCCGCAACGGACGCCGAAUCGCCGUUGUUGUCCUUAACCGCCCGUCUCACCGACUAGGCGAGACGAUUAUAGCCACCGUGAACUUCACCGAUGCCGCACUUCCUUGCUACGCUCUACGUGCCACCCUUGAGAGCUCCGAGCGAGUUGCCCCGGCUCUGGCUAUCCGAUCGAACGCGAGCAUCCGUCGUGCGACUCGCAAGGUCCAUGCCUCGUAUUUCGAGAACACGCUCUACGCGACCCGCGUGGUCUUCAGUCCAGCAAUCCCUGUCUCUGCAACACCUACAAUCCUCACCACUGGAGUGAAUCAUGAAUGGGAACUCCGAUUCGAGUUCGUUACCAGUAAUGCGCAUGACGGGUCAGCGCCAUCGGGUUCGCGAUUGUUGGAGGCCGUAUCUGAAGACGAACGCGGACGGGUCAUGUCAGCCUUGGAAACCAUCGGGUGUGAGUCAUUUGAGAUCGCAAUCCCGAUCACGAUUUAUGGCGAGACAGUCAGGGAGCGGCUGCCAGAAGAAAACGAAGGAUACGCUAUUUGACAUAAGCUAUACGCGAACGAUGUGUAUCCUACUACAAUUACAAGACGUUAAGAAAAUAAGCGACUUCUGGAUUCUAUGACGUCGCAUAGAGUCUAGGACACAUCCAGGUUCCUUGCAGUCUAAGUCAGUCCAUACCUUGGCUGCGCUAGACUGAAACAACGUAAUGAGAGACUACCUCCAUUUCCUUGCGGCGCGACGGGGUCACCGGGGCAACGGACGGGGCGUUGGACGACUUGGGAGUUGGAAGACUGCAUCAUCCAUGGUUCCGUGGGUGGGUGGGAAGCGUGGAGCAACUCAAGAGUCACUACGUACUCAAGUUGGUCUAGUGUAGAUAGGAGCAGUAACUUAG